AUGAAGACAUUGUUUCAGGAAAUCAAAGCUUCUAUCAAAAACAACAUUGAGCACGAUCGCUCAUUCUGGAGGCCAGUGCUUCCUUGGGGAGGCGUAUUCACCAUAAAAGCUGGCCGUAAAGCCAUCUCGUGCAUGCCCCUGUAUGUGGAGAUCACACUGAAGAACACCUGCACUAUCGAUGGCUUUUUGAUGCUUCUUUAUGUUAUCCUGCGUGAAAAUAACACUUUCCCCCGUGAGCUGUCCCAGUACCUGGGCAGAGAGUUUGUCGAUUGUUUCCUCCAUCUAAUGGACACCUGCAGCUUCACCUCCGUCAAGCUGCUGUGGAUAUGGGACAAGAUGGAGAAGAGGCAGUACAAGUCCGGAGUACAUAAAGCAUGUCUGGAGAUUGACUUGUUUGGGAAUGAACAUGAAAAUUUCACCAGAAACCUGGAGCGCUUGAUGGCCACAAUUCAGGAGAGUUACUGCUCUAGCCCGCAGUGCCCCAUCCGUGUGCAGGAGAGUCACAUGCAGACUAUUCUAAUCAAGUAA